UUUUUAGGGUGCGGUGGACAACGGAGCAACAUCACCAACAACAAAAUUAGAUUUUGGAAACAAAGAAAACUAAAUGAUAACAGGAUCAGUUCAAAUAUAGGUCAUAGAUACAAUCUAUUCCAGCACAAUCCUUCAAAAAAUCCCUGUCCAUCAGCCUACAGCUCUCUUUCUUUUUCCCAGCUUUUUUUUAUGCCUCAAAUGUGUAAGCAUCAUCUUAUAUUAUUUCCUUUCUUUCAGGAUUUCAUUCUACAAUGUCAUUGGAAUGGCAAGAAAAGGUGAUUAUUUUCUUUGCUUCUUAAACAUUCUAACCCUCUUGAUUUCAAUGACUAUCGUGGUUCAAAUUUCUAAAACAUGGGAAAUCAUCACUUUCUAUGGCAAUGCGAAUUGUGCAAGCUUCUUACAAGUACCAGUCUUCAUCUUAGGAGUGGCUCUUUUGGUUAUCUCGGUCCUCGGAUUGAUGGCUUUGUUUUGUCGAGCAUCGCCCCUUCACCGAGUGUAUCUGUGGGCAAUGUUUUUGCUUGUAGUUGUUCUCUUAGGUUUUACAAUAUUCUCCUCACUCGUAACAGAUAAGGGUCCCAAGGAGACAGAUUCAUGUGCAGAUCAGAGUAGGCUUCAGGAUUUUUCAGGAUGGUUGCAAGGUCAUCUGGUAAAUGAAAAAAAAUGGGUCAGAAUCAAGAAGUGUUUAAUCAAGGCCAGAGUUUGUCAGGAGUAUGCCAAGAAAUUGUCUGCCUUACCUCCCGAUGUCUUGUUGGAGAUGUUGCUUCCUGUUGAGUCAGGCUGCUGCAUGCCACCAAGUAAUUGUGGGUACAAGUUCAAGAAUGCGACGUUCUGGGAUGCUCCGAAAUCAGGCUUGGCUUCUAAAGGUGAUGAAUGCCUUUCAUGGAAGAACGGCCAUGGCACUCUAUGUUACGAUUGUGGAACUUGCAAGGCUGGAUAUCUUCAUCAAGUGAGGAAUGAUUGGAAAGCUUUGAACAUUUUCAACACAUGCUUCGUCACCUACCUCAUCCUCAUCCUUGCCUUUGGAUUUCUUUGCUGGCCAAGCGAUCAGAGCAGACGAUUAUGACCCUUUUCCCAACUCUGCUAAAUUUAGGUAACUUCUACUAGAAAUAGGAUACAGCUGGCACAAAACUUGUAUAGUUUUCAUUUCAAUCUGCCUAAGGCUUCCAAGAAAAGAAAGAGGAACUCGUAUCUGCAAAUAUGUGAUUUCCUUCGCCAA